AAUUAAAAAAAGUCCUGAAACAGUUGAAGAAUUUAUAAACGGCCAAAUAACCAAAUUAAACAGAUCUAACUGGUUUAGUUUAACGUUUCAAUUCAAUUCGAUAACCCCUGUUUGCAAGGCCUUUCCCUGGUUUUUUUUUUAAUAAAUAAUAUUUAAAGGCGGAAAUUCUGGAGCCCAAGUGGCAGGGCAGGGCAGGACGUACGUUUGUUUCAUAGUUUCGAUAAUACAUAAUCCACCUACUAUGCUGACCCUGAUCAAAUAUAGCCGUUGGAGGAGCGACAAGGCGUUACAGAAGCAAAGGGAAAAAAAAUAUGUCACGUAGCCUGAAUAACCCAACAAAAAUGUAGCCGUUAACAUAAAAGAAUGAAGACUCUGACCCCAUUGUAAAUCCCUCAUCCGCCCUCUUCUCUUCUCUUCUCUUUCCCACUCUAAAUUAUAAUAACAUUUCAGAUCCUCACAUGCUUCAUCUCAUCUAAUUAUUUUUCCGUUAUUUUCUUCAUUUUCCUUCUUCUAUAAAACUUAUCUUCCCAACUUUCGGAAACCCUAGAAAAUAACCCCACAGAGAGAGAACAAGAAAAUAGGAGAAUCCAGCUCGCCUUUCUGUUUCCAUUCUCUUUCCCCACUCAAUCUGAAGUUCCUUUCUGUUCAUGGGAAAAACCCACCACUCCCUGAGUGAAUUUCAGGCACGCCCACUUCAGUUGAUGCAGCUUUUUGAACAGCAAACGGCUGUUUGGUGCUGCUCUAAAUUACCCAGUAAGAACAGGAAAUGGAAGAACCAACAAUGGAGGAACUGUUCUUACUGGCUCAUUGCUCUCAUUUUUACUCAUAUCUUGGCCUUUUCUCUUCAACCAGUCUCCGGCCAGAUGUGGGACGGAGUUGCUGUUACGCAAGGAGAUUAUCAAGCUCUUCAAGCUUUAAAGAGCCAACUUAUCGAUCUAAAAGGAGUUCUACGUAGCUGGAAUGGCAGUAAUGGAGCUUGUUCCGGGCGGUGGGUAGGAAUCAAGUGUGUGAAGGGGCAGGUCAUUGCCAUACAGCUUCCAUGGAAGGCCCUCGCCGGCCGGCUUUCCGAGGAGAUAGGGCAGCUCCGGGAACUCAGGAAGCUCAGCCUCCACGAUAACGUAAUCUCCGGCGCCGUCCCUCCGUCUCUUGGGUACCUUCCAAAUCUCAGAGGAGUUUACCUUUUCAACAACAAAUUUUCAGGGUCUAUUCCUCCUUCAAUUGGUAACCUUCCUCUUCUUCAAACUCUUGAUUUGAGCAACAAUUUGCUCACCGGAGAAAUCCCCUCUGCUCUUGCAAAUUCUACCAAAUUGAUCAGGGUAAAUUUGAGUUACAAUUCAUUGUCUGGAUCUAUUCCAAGUAGUUUUACGCAGUCGUUUUCUCUUAUAAUUCUGGCUCUCCAGCACAAUAAUAUUUCUGGUACUGUCCCAGAUUCUUGGGGUGGUUCUGGGAACAGAACUUGCCCACUUGGGGUUUUGACACUUGAUCAUAAUAUUAUAACUGGACGGGUUCCAGCUUCUCUGGGAAAAAUGGAAUGGCUUCAAGAGAUUUCCAUUAGUGAAAACAGAAUCUCUGGGGCUAUACCAGGUGAAAUAGGCAGGCUGAAAAGGCUUCGCCUUUUGGAUUUAUCCAACAACGCCAUUAAUGGCAGCUUCCCUUCAAGCUUCUUCAAUCUCUCCUCUCUUGAAUUAUUGAAUGUCGAGAAUAAUCGCCUUGAUAGCCAGAUUUCAGGAGAUAUUGACAGGUUACGGAAUCUCUCAGUGGUGAGGCUUGGGAAAAAUCGUUUUAGUGGCGAAAUUCCUGCAAGUUUUGGGAACAUUUCUGCUAUCAGCCAACUUGAUUUCUCGGAAAAUAAUUUGACAGGAGCAAUUCCAGUUUCACUCGCCCGUUUGUUGAAUCUGACGUCCUUCAAUGUCUCUUACAACAAUCUCUCUGGCCCUGUUCCCAUUCUCCUGUCAAAUAAGUUCAAUGCGAGCUCUUUUGUAGGGAACCUCCAACUGUGUGGUUUUAGUACUUCAUCCCCAUGUCCACCAGCUCCCUCUCCACAGAAUAAUCUUACAUCUCCAUCAAUAGAUGUCAUGAAACCGCAUCGCCACCGCAGACUUAGUGUAAAGGACAUAAUUCUGAUAGCAGCAGGAGCUCUGUUGGUGCUUCUUCUUCUUCUUUGUGCAAUUUUGCUGUGUUGUCUGUUGACAAAAAGAGCUGCGAAGACAAAUGGUAAAACAACACCCAAGCAAGCUGCUGCAAGGAGCAUCGAAAAGGCAGCACCAGGCAGCACCGAUGUCGCAACGGGCGAAGCUGGUGGAAAACUAGUCCAUUUCGACGGGCCAUUUGUUUUCACAGCUGAUGAUCUUCUGUGUGCAACUGCGGAGAUCAUGGGAAAGAGCACAUAUGGAACAGCAUACAAAGCAACAUUAGAAGAUGGUAAUGAAGUUGCAGUGAAAAGACUGAGGGAGAAGACAACAAAAGGGCAGAAGGAAUUUGAAACCGAAGUUGCAGGACUCGGAAAAAUUCGUCACUCGAAUCUCCUUGCUCUUAGAGCCUACUACUUGGGCCCCAAAGGAGAGAAGCUCCUUGUCUUUGAUUACAUGCCUAGAGGAAGCCUCUCUUCCUUCCUUCAUGCUCGUGGACCGGAAACAACAGUCGAUUGGCCGACAAGGAUGAAGAUAGCAAUCGGAAUUACGAGUGGGUUGGGCUACCUCCACACAGAGGAGAAUCUA